UUUUCAUAGAACGAGAAUUAGCUCCCAAAUACAUACUUAAAUAUCCGAUUUGGUAAACCCGUCGAAGUGGCAACCGUCCUUAAUUUGAGAACAGCUGAUUGAUUGAUUUGUUUACUUUUUCUUUUCUUCUGUACUGUUGAUAAAAUUUGCGUGGUAAAUAAAUAAGGAUGGCGAACUAUUUUUGCGACGAUUUAAAGAAAGAACACAUGGAACUUGCGACAAUCAUCAAGGAUUGUCAUGAAAAUUUAAGAACUCAAUCCAAAAUAAAAGGGAUGAAGGAAGCUUGGGAUGAGCAUUUGCAAAAUACUCUUUCAUUGCAGCAGUACUCAUCGGCUAUGUAUCGGUUGGCUUCAAUUUGGGAGACAAAUACUACAAAUCCAAACUUAUUUGCACGCAGCCGUGUCAAAUGGAUAGUUGAUUAUUGCGAAUCGUACUUUUUUACCAAGCGAAUAUUCCUUGAGAAGCGUGAUCGCGAGCAACGUUUAGCCCAGUCCUAUAAUGAUAUUCCGACCGCGGAUAUAAGUCAAGUAAAUAAUACAUUUUCGAAACCUAUCAAUGUUUUAGACGUAGGAAGUUGCUUUAACCCAUUUUCUGGAGAGCCAAAUUUUAAUGUUACUGCGAUUGAUCUAUGUCCAGCCACCACUGAUGUCAUAAAAGGCGAUUUCUUAAAAAUUGUCAUAGAUAAAGGCGAAGAAGUUCUUAUAGAAUGUGGGGAAGUAAAAAGCUUACCGUGUCAAUAUUACGAUUGUGUCAUUUUUAGCCUUUUGUUGGAGUACAUACCUUCACCAGAAAAGCGUAUGCAUUGCUGUCGCAAGGCGUACGAUCUGCUGCGCCCCGAAGGCAUCCUUAUAAUUAUAACUCCGGACUCCCAACAUGUAGGCAAAAAUGCAAAAUUAAUGAAAAACUGGCGUUACACGCUGGGCACUUUGGGCUUUUAUAGAAUUUGUUUUGAAAAAUUACCGCAUAUCACCUGCAUGGUAUUUCGAAAAUCAGUUAAUCCAGCCGUAGCACUACGAUGGGCUGAACUGCAUCGCGAGGAUUAUAUGACAACGACAAUAAAUAUACCACAAGAUGUUAUAAACUAAGAUUAAGUUACUAUCAUAAAGGCAAUAUUUUUCACAAUGUGUGAGGUAAGAAGUUGUAAAAAGAAAAAUAAAGAAAUUUAUAAACUAUA